CGGAUGGAUAUGCCCGCACGUGUAAAGCGCAUGGCUAUAUAGAGGUCGGUCUUUUAAAAAGAAGUCCCUUUCAAUUUUCCUGCGUCAGAGAGCAGAAGGGACCGUGUGUAUUGGUGGCAUUUUAUUCAAGAUAAAGUCAACGGAACUCACAAGAUGCCUGAAGAAAUGCGCCAAGAGGAGGAGGCUGAGACCUUUGCCUUCCAGGCAGAGAUUGCUCAGCUUAUGUCCCUGAUCAUCAACACCUUCUAUUCCAACAAGGAGAUCUUCCUCAGGGAGCUGAUCUCCAAUGCUUCUGAUGCUUUGGAUAAAAUUCGCUACGAAAGUCUCACUGACCCCACCAAGCUAGACAGUGGGAAGGAGCUGAAGAUUGACAUCAUCCCCAAUGUAGCAGAACGCACCCUGACCCUCAUUGACACUGGAAUCGGCAUGACCAAAGCUGACCUGAUCAACAACCUGGGUACCAUUGCCAAGUCCGGAACCAAGGCCUUCAUGGAGGCGCUUCAGGCAGGAGCUGACAUCUCAAUGAUUGGCCAGUUUGGUGUGGGUUUCUAUUCUGCCUACCUGGUUGCUGAGAAAGUGGUAGUUAUCACUAAGCACAAUGAUGAUGAGCAGUACGCCUGGGAGUCCUCUGCUGGAGGUUCUUUCACAGUCAAGGUUGACAGUGGCGAGCCUAUUGGUCGUGGAACCAAGGUCAUUCUGCACCUCAAGGAGGACCAGACUGAGUACAUUGAAGAGAAGAGGGUCAAGGAGGUUGUCAAGAAGCACUCGCAGUUCAUUGGGUACCCCAUCACCUUGUUUGUGGAGAAGGAGCGCGACAAAGAGAUUAGCGACGACGAGGCAGAGGAGGAGAAAGAGGAAAAAGAGGAUGAGGAGGACAAGCCAAAGAUCGAGGAUGUGGGCUCAGAUGACGAGGAGGACUCCAAAGACAAGGACAAGAAGAAGAAAAAGAAGAUCAAGGAGAAGUACAUUGACCAGGAAGAGUUGAACAAGACCAAGCCUAUCUGGACCAGGAAUCCUGAUGACAUCACCAAUGAGGAGUAUGGAGAGUUCUACAAGAGUCUGACCAAUGACUGGGAGGAUCACCUGGCUGUCAAGCACUUCUCAGUGGAGGGCCAGCUUGAGUUCCGAGCCCUGCUCUUCAUUCCCCGUCGUGCACCUUUUGACCUCUUUGAGAACAAGAAAAAGAAGAACAACAUCAAGCUCUAUGUUAGGAGGGUUUUCAUCAUGGACAGCUGCGAGGAGCUUAUUCCUGAGUACCUAAACUUCGUGCGGGGUGUGGUUGACUCUGAGGACCUUCCCCUCAACAUCUCCAGAGAGAUGCUACAGCAAAGCAAGAUCCUCAAGGUCAUCCGCAAGAACAUUGUCAAGAAAUGUCUGGAACUCUUCGCUGAACUGGCUGAAGACAAGGAGAACUACAAGAAGUUCUAUGACGCCUUCUCCAAGAAUCUCAAGCUGGGUAUCCACGAAGACUCCCAGAACCGCAAGAAGCUGUCUGAGCUACUGCGCUACCACAGUUCCCAGUCUGGUGAUGAGAUGACCUCCCUCACUGAGUACCUCACCCGCAUGAAGGAAAACCAGAAAUCCAUCUACUACAUCACUGGUGAGAGCAAGGACCAGGUGGCCAACUCUGCCUUCGUGGAGCGUGUGCGCAAACGUGGUUUUGAGGUCUUGUACAUGACUGAGCCCAUUGAUGAGUACUGUGUCCAGCAGCUGAAAGAGUUUGAUGGCAAAAACUUGGUCUCUGUCACCAAAGAAGGCCUUGAGCUCCCUGAGGAUGAGGAGGAGAAGAAAAAGAUGGAGGAGGACAAGACCAAGUUUGAAAACCUCUGCAAGCUUAUGAAGGAGAUCCUUGACAAGAAAGUAGAGAAGGUGACUGUGUCCAACAGACUGGUGUCAUCGCCUUGCUGCAUUGUGACAAGUACCUAUGGGUGGACGGCCAACAUGGAGAGGAUCAUGAAGGCCCAGGCACUCAGGGACAACUCCACCAUGGGCUACAUGAUGGCCAAGAAACAUCUGGAGAUCAACCCCGACCACCCCAUUGUGGAAACUCUAAGGCAGAAAGCAGAUGUUGACAAGAAUGACAAGGCCGUGAAAGAUCUGGUCAUCCUUCUGUUUGAAACCGCACUGCUGUCUUCAGGCUUCUCCCUAGAUGAUCCACAGACUCACUCAAACCGCAUCUACAGGAUGAUCAAACUUGGACUGGGUAUUGAUGAUGAUGAUUUGCCCACAGAGGAGCCCGUCUCAGCAACCGCCCCUGAUACAAUUCCGCCACUAGAAGGUGAUGACGAUGCUUCACGCAUGGAGGAAGUGGAUUAAACACAACCUCAGAUCUAACCCAUUUAGCCUCACUUUUUUUUCAACUGUUCAUCUGUAACUAGGGAAACCUGGUCAUGUCAUUGGUUAAGAUUAAAUGCGUUACUCCUGUUGUCCAGUGGACCAGUGUUGCUCUCUUGUCUAGAGCCUUAAUCUACAAGACAGAAAAGCGGUUUUGAUUUUUGCUGUAUAUGAUAAAGUAACGGUGACCAACACAUUUUGUUUAGACAGUACCCUGUUGCACUGAGUUUUUAAAUGGUUGGGACCAGUAGAUGUGACUAUGGGGAAGGGAACAUUCCAUAUCAGAAUGACCUGGAGAGAGGGACGGGUUGGCUCUGCUUAUGUGCAACAACGAACGCUGCAUGAAGAGUGGAUGACAAGAUUCCUUUGCCUGAAUUGAGGCUUGUCUGUUUUCAGUCUCCUUUGUUUUUUUUGUUUUCAAAAAAAAAAUUAAAGCUGUUCUGAGUGAA